CAAACCUGGGAAUUUGUAGGACCCAGCAGACCUCCCAGCCCCCGGCUUCACCUGUUCGCAUACACAUUUCUUCCCCCUUUUUUCACUUGGGAUUGCCUUCCAUCGCCCCAUGAUAAUGACCAAAACCCUCAUGCCUUUAACAAUGCUGUCGUACGCGGGCUGCAGCUUGCUGAUCCUCUGUGCGUCUCUCGCUGGUGCCUCCCUGGCCGAGAUGGUGUUCCGCUGUCCCGGCUGCACCGCGGAGCGCCAGGCGCUGUGCCCAAGGCUCACCGAGACUUGCGCAGAGAUAGUGCGCGAACCGGGCUGCGGAUGCUGCCCCGUGUGCGCCCGGCAAGAGGGCGAGAUGUGCGGCGUGUACACCCCGAGGUGCUCCACCGGUCUGCGAUGCUACCCGACGCCCGACUCGGAGCUUCCUCUGGAGCAACUGGUGCAGGGCCAGGGGCAAUGCCGGCGCAAAGUGGACACCGAGACGACCACGUUCAGCCAGGAGCACCGGGAGCAGACGAGCGGCGAGGCUGUGGAGGCGCUGCCUGAGCAGGGUGUGAGUGAGAUCCCGGCCAUCCGAAAGCCCAGCAAAGAGACCACCUGGCUGGGACCCAAAGAGAGCGCUGUGCGCCAGCACAGACAGGAGAUGAAGACCAAGAUGAAGACCAACAAGGUGGAGGAGGUGAAACCUGCACGGCCCAAACAAACUCAGUGUCAGCAGGAGCUCGACCAGAUCCUGGAGAGGAUAUCCAAGAUGCCCUUCAGAGAUAACCGAGGUCCCCUGGAAGACCUGUACGCCCUGCACAUCCCCAACUGCGACAAGAGGGGGCAGUAUAAUCUCAAACAGUGCAAGAUGUCUCUCCACGGUCAGAGGGGCGAGUGUUGGUGCGUCAACCCUCACACCGGCCGACCUAUCCCAUCAGCCCCCAUUGUGAGGGGCGACCCCAACUGCAGCCUGUAUCUCACAGAGCUGGAGCUAGAGCUUCCUGACAUGGCCCAGAUAUGAUGCGGCAUGACACAAAAAACUGUUAAGUACUUGGGAACAAAGAACAUCUGAGUAAGCUAUAUAUUAUCUGUCUGUGUGUAUGUGUCUCUAGUUCAUUUGAUGAACUCUUAACCACCAAAAAGGAUUAAAUGAUAGAAUCCAGCUUGCUGAGGGUGAAACUGCAGAUUAUUAGGUGAAGUAAAAAUCAGGCUCCCUUUUUCCUCGUAGAUAUUCAGUAGACGUCAACUGGAGUGCCGGUGACUUUGCUUUACUAAUUGUGACUUUGCUCAGAUUUGCUCCAUUAUCAGUGUUUUGUACCGUACUGUAUGUGUUGAAAAAGGAAAAGCCUUCAACAUAUUUGUUUGUUUUUUUUAGGUGUGUUUUCCUGUCCUAGCUUGCAGACUACUGGUACGGCUAACAGAAUAUUAACAGAUAAUGCUAAUAAAAUGGUAAUACAUUCAA